AGAAACAUCAAGUGGAAACGAAAGCUCAAUACUAUUUUUCCCAAAGAAGAAGUUUCCUCUUCGAGGCUUGCAGGAGAGCAAGGGCACGUCGAAAACAACUUUAUCUACAAGUGCUCGAACUUGUAUCUCCUUUGUUUUUUCAUCUGCAAUCAUGUCUGCGGCGUCGUCUUCUGGUGCAACUUCUACAGGCGCGUUGCCACGGCCGACGACCACGUCAUCUUCGAAAGGACAACGAAAAGGACCAUCAGCCAGCGAGCUAUCUCUGGUUUUUCAAAAAUUGCGCGAGCAACUUGCUCAACAGCCGAGCUCGUCGAGUUCCUCUUCCAAAGGUAAAGGAAAAGGCGAGAAACAAUCUUCGGCAAAAUGGACGAAUACAAGCGGGGUAAAAAAUAUCAACACAAAAGCAAUAGACAUCAUCGACUCGGGCAGUAGUUCUUACGGGAAGAUCGGCGUGCAGCAGGUUUACAAAUUUUUGCAGACGUUGGAUCCCAAGAUUUCCCCCCUAGCCGUGCGCGAACUAACGCGUCAAGCGAUUGAAGAACAUUGCGCCGCACUACGGUUGGGCCCACACGAAAAGGGCAGACUGUUACGGGAAAUGAAAGUGACGGACAAGAUGUUGGCGAAUGCAAUUCUGCGAUGGACGGACAAUUUGUUGGGAUCGGAGUGGUCUAUCGCAAAACCACCGGGGAAAAAGGUGAAAUAAUGUGGAGGAUUUGAAAUAGGGAAGGGCUUUGCGGGUAAAUGGCAGUCGGGCCCGGUAACGCUGCGAAGCAGAUUGAAAUGCUCCAGCGCUCACGGGGUGACGUCUUCAAGCCCAAUCGCAAAGCUGCCCUGCCCGCAGGAAAGAAACCGCGGCAGAAGGAUAGCAAUAGGCGGAGGCCAGGCGCUAUCCAGUGCGGAGCUCUUGCAUCUGUCCCGGGGGUCCAGCCAAGCGGUAUCGCUUCAAGGGCUUUCUUUCACAUGUGAAAGAAUGGAUUUUGUUUCUGGCGGCCAUUCUUUCACAUGUGAAAAAGUGGGGCUUGUUCCUGGAGGCCAUUCUUUCACACGAAAAACGAGACGUGGGGCCUGUCGCUAUUGGCAGCUAUUUUGCCGGAUGCGAAUGGGCGCGCUCUCUUUCUGGCGACUAUUUCUCCACAUGUGAAAAAAUGAGCGCGCUUUCUGGAGGGCGUGUUCAGUGAGUGAACAGCUGCGCCGUCUUGCCAGCUCCCGCCUUUUCAGAUUUUUUUAAGUCGUGCGCCUUUUUUCUGUCGUCGAUUUCUCCACGGACACCCAUACACGGAAAUGGGCACUCUCUCUGAGGCGCACUCUUUCACAUGCGGGGACGUGCAGCCUCCUCCUGCCGCUGAUUUUUUGACACUCCUGUGGGCGGCCCUUCUACUUAUUCUGAGCGUCUGGCCCGAUCAUUGCCGGCGCCGACUUUGAGGCGCCGCAGUUCUUGCCGCGCAUGUGUCUCAUCGUCAUAAACGGCGGGCGGGAAAAUCGCGCCACAUUAUUUCACCUUUUUCCCCCUCAGGUAGCAAUAGACCCACUCCCCUUCCAAAAUUUGGACGUGCGGCCACUGUGGAGUGCGUAUUCUGCAUUUUUUCUUUUUCUCGUAAAGGUAAAGCUAAAGCAUCUGGAUUAUCAUGUUACGGGAUAUGAAAGUGACGGACAAGAUGUUUGCGAAUGCAAUUCUGCAGUGGACGGAAAAUUUAUCACAAGAAAAAGUGUUUACGUUUACGGUUUUCAGUUUUUUGGAAAAAAAAUUUUUUGCGGCCACUCAGCGCCACAAAUUUUGAUCUUUUUUUUCUUGCAGCCGCGCAGGCAUCCCCUUUGCCCUUUCGGGGCUCUGAAGUAGUAAAACUGUUGGGAAGCAGCUAACGCGCGGGAUGCGAAAACUAUGCAGCGCCGCCAUAACAUUGCGCCCGCCCCUUCAAACUUUGGAAGAGCUGCCCAAGCCCUGCCCGGGCUCCCGGGCAAUGAUGGCCGUAGGCCGGUGGCCCAGGGCCCCAGGCAUUGGUGAUGAGAUCCGCCCCCGAAGGUGUCGCAACCAUCGACCCCGGAGGGGGACCUGUUUGGGUGAGGGAAAAUGGAUCAUAGCAUGCUGUCUAGAGAUGACGUUUACGGUUUUUGAGGGUAGACUACCCCCAAAAACCGUAAACGUCAUCUCUAGUUGCUGGGUAGUGGAGAAAUCCGAGGAAAAAAACAUCACUUUGGCACCAUUUCGAGGCCAAAAAGGAGCAUUCCGUUUCGCCAUACCGUGCGCACUAGUUAGACCCAACCCAGUGAGCUACUCCGCAGUCCCGCAAUAGCUAACAGAGUCGAGGGGUCAGCUUCAAGUUGUAAAAAAUGCCCCGAAUGCACACCGAGAAAAUUUUUAAUCCAAAAAACGAUAAACCGUAAACGUAAACACUUUUUCUUUCGAUAAAGUUUGGACGUGCGGCCACUGUGGAGUGCGUAUUUUGGAAUUUUUCUUCUUCUCGUAAAAAAAGGUAAAGCUAAAGCUAAAGCAUCUGGAUGAAACACGAGCGAUUUAUGAUUUUUCAUAUGAAUGUAGAUGUUAUUUUAUCAAAUAUUUGAAAAGUGAUAGUCUCGUCGUUUUUCAUGUGCGAAGGAUCAAAAAUCAACCUAAUAUUUUUUAGCGACAGGUCGUGAUUACGUCAGAAAAGGAUCGCAUUUUGCAAGACAUGUGCGGCUGUGAGCCUGGUGUCUCAUGUCUCAUGUCUUGGAGCCGUGUCAUGACAUGAGGACACGAGCAUGGACAUGACACGGCCGAUUUGAUGUCCAUGCCUUCAUGUCCCGACACGUGCCGGCCCUGGGUCAGAGGAAAAUGCCCUGCUCAUGUCCCAUGUCUCAUGUCUUGGUGGACCCGAAAGUCAUGACAUGAGACAUGGGCAUCCGCGACACUUUCUGGCUGAGGCUGUAGGACAUGAGACAUGAGACAUGACAUCGCCGUGUCCCAUGUCCCAUGUCUCGUGUCCCAGGACAUGAGACACGGGACAUGACAUGUCUCAGGACAUGAGACAUGAGACAUGACAUCGCCGUGUUCGUGUCCCAUGUCUCGUGUCUCGUGUCCCAGGACAUGAGACAUGAGACACGGGACAUGGCAUCUCCAUGUCCCAUGUCCCAAGACAUGAGACAUGGGGCAUGACAUCGCCGUGUGUCCGUGUCCCAUGUCUCGUGUAUAAUGAAAAGUGACGGACAAGAUGUUUGCGAAUGUAAUUCUGCGAUGGACGGAAAAUUUCGACGUGCGGCCAAUGUGGAGUGCGUAUUUUGCAAUUUUUCUUCUUCUCGUAAAAGGUAAAACUAAAGCAUAAGCAUCUGGAUGAAACACGAGCGAUUUGCGAUUUUUCAUAUGAAUGUAGAUUUUGUUUUAUCAAAUAUUUGAAAAGUGAUAGUCUCGUCGUUUUUCAUGUGCGAAAGAUCAAAAAUCAAUCGAUUUUUUUUUCAGCAACAGGUCGUGAUUACGUCAGAAACGUAUCGUAGAGUAUAGUUGGGGCUGAGUCCGUUACGGUUCAUUACGGCUCGUUUGACCGUAACGAACGAAUUUUCGUUCGUUCGUUACGGUUCGUUACGGUUCGUUUCACCGUAACGAACGAAUUCCCGUUCGUUCGUUACGGUUCGUAUAUGGUUCGUUUCACCGUAACGAACGAGCUCGUCACGAGCCGUAACGCCGUAACGAACGAAUCCGAUUUUCGGAAAAAGACGUCCGUGCGUGAACACUGCAAAAGGUGAGAGCUCCCUCGUCGUCUUUCCGCGAGUUGGCGAAGAACGUCCGGCGCUGGCUUUGUGCUUUUCUCUUUAGCGAACAAGUCCGGCGAGAUCUUCUGGUAGGCGGUUGCCCGUCAAAGAGAAAUGCGGCGGAAUGCUCGUCUCGGCGGUCCAAGCGGAGCGUCCGAGCGGAGCCCUGGACGUCCGUCCGAUUACGGCAAGGUCGCGCGCUUGCUCGUGUUCUUCUAGGCGAAGCCCGAGGCAUCCGAGCGAGCCGGCCCGGCUUGGUAGUGCGGGGGCCAAAAAUCGUGCAUGCGUGUCCUUCACGCGGGCGGCCCCUGGGUGCGUCACGUUCGCUGCCUUUUUUUGGCGCACGUUGCGCAGCUGACGGUCAUGGUUAGUGGAUGUCGAGCCUCUGGGGUGGCGACACAUAAAUACAGAAUACCGCCCUGCGGAGUAUUCCCCGCGAUGGUAUCCUUCAUUUAUGUAUAAGCUUUACUUUAACGGGAGCCGCCACGAGCCGGAACGGGGGGGCGACCGAAAACCCGCGGUCCGGCUCGGUAGUGUGGGGGCCAAAAAUCCUGCAUGCGUGUCCUCCACGCGGGCGGCCCCUGGGUGCGUCGCGGUCGCUGCCUUUUCUUGGCGCACGUUGCGCAGCUGGCGGUCAUUGUUAGUGGAUGAAUGUCGAGCCGCUGGGGUGGCGACACAUAAAUACAGAAUACCGUCCUGCGGAAUAUUCCCCGCGAUGGUAUACUUCAUUUAUAAACUUUAUUUUAACGGGAGCCGCCACGAGCCGGAACGGGCGACCGAAAGCCCGCGCGUUCGUUCGUUUGGUCGUUAACGGACCCCGCGAAGCACUUCGUUCGUUCGUUCGUUACGGGGAAACGAACCAUAACGAACGAACGAAUGAACGCAAAUCCCUUCGUUCGUUCGUUCGUUCGUUUGUUCGUUUGGCUGCCAGAACCGGGCUCGUUCGUUCGUUCGUUACGGGGAAACGAACCAUAACGAGCUCACGAAAUUGCGUACGUUCGUUCGUUUGGUCGUUAGCGAACCUGCGAAGCCACUUCGUUCGUUCGUUCGUUACGGUGAAACGAACGAACGAACGAACGAACACACAUUCGUUCGUUCGUUCGUUCGUUCGUUUGGAUGGCAAAGCCAGUGCGUUCGUUCGUUCGUUCGUUUGUUCGUUCUGAUGCCACAAACGAACUCGUUCGUUCGUUCGUUACGGUGAAACGAGCCGUAACGAACCGUAACGGACUCAGCCCCAACUAUAUUGUAUCGCAUCUUGCAGUUUUUGUAGCUGUCACGCACAGUUGUACUUUGAGACUAAAUUAUUUGUACUAGCAUGCGAAAACACGGAAAUAGUAUUAUCGAUUAGUCUUGAAGAUGCCCGCAGUAUGGCUUUCAUCGUAUUGUAGAUUUAUGUAAACUAUUCCACCAUUGGCAUUUACGAUUUUACGAUUACAGUAUAAAACUUCGAGAUCGAUCACUUGAUGAACGACAAAACUCAGUUUGGUGAAGGAUCCCGCUGCGUAUGCAAUAUAAAUUUCCCGUGCCAUGCACCGCAGAUUUUUCCAACUUAGAGCAUUGAUUCCAGUUUCCCUGUUGAAUAGGAUUGAAGGAAAGUUUUGUCAUGCAGCAACCGCCUUUGCAAAAUUGUACGGGAAAUUAUACUGCGGAUACUGCGGAUAAACUCGACAUUGAGAGUGUGCGCACCGCUUUCGGUGAUAUCCUCAGUAGAAACCACGUGUCCGCCCCAGAGCUGAUGUCAGGCAGAUUUGUAUGUAGCAGAACGCGGUUUGCAUUGUGCAUCGUCACUAGAAGGGGUGGUUUGUUCUAUUUUUAAGGAAGUCGUGUUUCGGCUUACUUAUGCAACUAUGCUGUAAGCAGGAUAUUAUUAAAGGGUGUGCAAUGCGGCGGUCCGUGUCCGUGCGGACCUGCACUACGCCACACCACGGUGAAAGGGCUAUAUCCUUCGUGACAACUCCCAAAAUAACUUCUGCAUGAAUAUUUGUGUUGCAAAGUCAAAGUCCCCACCUUAAGUUGACUAUGGCGAGGUGACGUCGUUUUUGCACAGAAUAGGCGAGCCGAUAUCGCUGCAGGAAGCGGAAAGUCUUCUCACCACCGAGUGGAAUCACGGUCCGCCGGUGACGAGGGAAGAAUUUCACAAGCUGUUGACGCAGGGGCAACCGCCGAUCACGCUCGGGACGAAGGUGGUUGAGGUGGAAGAAGGAGAAUAG